CUUCCUAGAUCGCUUGGUAGUAGUAUCGUACGCUCGUGUCCGUAGCCGUAGUCCCCCGCAAUUGGUGACCUCAGCCCUGCCGAUGGCCCGUGCAGCUUAAUCUUUGGGCUUCUCAUGAAUUCCACCAACGCCCUGGCUGGCUGGGAAGGGAAGCAGGCAGGUGCAGCCUCGUCACAAAUAAACCAAGACACCCGCGUCUCCCCUCCAACGACGUCCACCUCCCAAACAAUUUUCUGCAGCAGUCGUAGUGAAUUCACGAUCUUUGCUCAAUACCACCGCUCCAUCAAACUUUCCACCCGAACGAUCUCUCUCCCUUGUUCCUUGAACUUUCUUCUUAACCACACAUCACAAUGGCCAGCACCGUAACACCUGAGGUCCUCUGGGCGCAGCGCUCCUCCAACGCCGACCCCGAGAAGAACUUUAUCUACCUCACCAUCAACGUCCCCGAUGUGCCAGCGUCCAAUAUCAAGCUGGACGUGAAGCCCACCGGUCUCACAUUCACCGGUCACUCCGACACCCUCAAGAAGACCUACCAUGUCGAGCUCGAGUUCUACGCCGAGAUCGACCCUACCGCGAGCAAAAUCAACCACACGGCUCGCGACGUUGAGAUGAAGCUGCGCAAGAAGGAGCUGACCGAGGAGUACUGGCCUCGCCUGCUCAAGGAGUCUAAAAAGAUGCACUUCCUCAAGACCGAUUUCGACAAGUGGGUUGAUGAGGACGAGCAGAACGAGGCUGAGGAGGAGGACUUCUCGCAAUUUGGUGGCAUGGGUGGCAUGCCUGGCAUGGGUGGCGCUGGCGGCGACUUCGGUGGCAUCGAUUUCUCCAAGCUUGGUGCUGGGGCUGGUAUGCCCGAGGGCGAUGACGAGGAGGAAUCGGACGACGACAUGCCUCCUCUCGAGGGUGAAGAGGAGGAGGCCGCCAAGAAGGACGCCCCCAAGGCGGACGAUGGCAAGGAGGUUGCUUAAGUCUGUGAAGCCGGCGACGAAACGACACUUCAGCGCGUCUUGGGUCAGACAUAGACCACAGGGAUAGCUGACGUCCGGUAUGGAAGGGCGAAGCUACGAACUGGUUACCUGGGAUAAACAAGCAUCAGCAUUAGCCGAAAUCAUUGGACCCACCGUUCGAUCUCAUAGGCAGCAGAGCAAUCUGGUUAGGUAUUUCGAGGGCUGUUCAAGGCUCUCUGGGCGAAUUGAAGCUACUUUUCUACUGACGCAUAUACACGCAAGUUUUGCCCUGUUUUGGGUAGAUGUUUUUU